AUGAACUGGAAGCGCAAGAGCUCCGGCAGAUGCAGAGGGGAAGAGGUGCGGGAGCGGCUGGUCCAGCAGGAUCCGGUCGGCUGCUGCUGCAAGGGCGCGGGCUGCGUGCCGCGCGGCUGCGUGGCGGUGCUGGUCGGCGGCGGGGUCGCGGAGCCGGAGGAGCGGGUGGUGGUGGACGUGCGCGCGCUGGGGCAGCCCUGCGUGCGAGCGCUGCUGGACAUGGCGGCGCGGGAGUUCGGGUACGACCAGAAGGGAGUGCUGCGGAUCCCCUGCGCCGCCGACGAGUUCUGCCGCGCCGUCGCCGCCGACAGCCACCGGCCGUGCAGACGGUAA